AUGAGACUUCAACCCCUCGGCCCCUCGACCCCUCGACCCCUCGGCCCCUCGGCCCCUCGACCCCUCGGCCCCUCGGCCCCUCGGCCCCUCGACCCCUCGGCCCCUCGGCCCCUCGACCCCUCGGCCCCUCGGCCCCUCGACCCCUCGGCCCCUCGGCCCCUCGACCCCUCGACCCCUCGGCCCCUCAACCCCUCGGCCCCUCGGCCCCUCGGCCCCUCUACCCCUCGGCCCUCGGCCCUCGACCCCCUCGGCCCCUCGACCCCUCGGCCCCUCGACCCCUCGACCCCUCGGCAGGUCAAAGCUAAGCUACAGUACAUAACAAUAUAA